CUUUGGAAGAUACGCAACAACAGCCCAGCACCAAAGUUCACUUUGAAACUGUGCUGAUGACCUUGGCUGAUUUCAUCUCUGAAACACACUUCACAGAAGCACAGAGCUCUAGCUCUGCCAAAAUGAAAUGCCCGUUCCAACCCCUCGUUGUUUCUCUCAUAUUAAUAUCUGUGUGUGGGAACAAUGGCCAGGUGGAUCAGCUUGAGAAAGGAGGGGACAGUUCUGAGUCUGUGGAUCGCAAAAACCUGAGCAUGCCCCUUCUCGCUGCUGACUUCCACAAGGAAAACACGGUCACCAACGACUGGAUCACAGAGGGAGAGGAGGACGAGGACUAUCUGGACCUGGAGAAGCUAUUCAGUGAAGAUGAUGAUUACAUCGACAUCAUCGACGUGGUUUCACCCACAGAUUCAGAGGCCAGUGCUGGGAACAUCCUCCAGCUCUUCCACGGCAAGAGCCGGAUCCAGCGCCUUAACAUCCUCAAUGCUAAGUUCGCUUUCAACCUUUACCGAGCACUGAGGGAGCAGGCCAGUCCUUCCGACAACAUCUUCAUAGCCCCUGUGGGCAUUUCCACCGCCAUGGGCAUGCUGUCCUUGGGCCUGAAGGGGGAGACUCAUGAACAAGUACACUCAAUUUUGCAUUUUAAAGACUUUGUCAAUGCCAGCAGCAAGUAUGAAAUCACGACCAUUCAUAAUCUCUUUCGUAAACUGACCCAUCGCCUCUUCAGGAGGGAUUUUGGGUACACGCUGCGGUCAGUCAAUGACCUUUACAUCCAGAAGCAGUUUCCAAUCCUGAAUGACUUCAAAACUAAAGUAAAAGAAUACUACUUUGCCGAGGCCCAAGCAGCGGACUUCUCAGACCCUGCCUUCAUAUCAAAAACCAACAACCACAUUCUGAAGCUCACCAAGGGCCUCAUCAAAGAUGCUCUGGAGAAUAUAGACCCAGCCACUGAGAUGAUGAUUUUAAACUGCAUCUACUUUAAAGGAUCCUGGGUGAAUAAAUUCCCAACGGAAAUGACCCACAACCACAACUUCAGGCUGAACGAGCGAGAGGUGGUCAAGGUCUCCAUGAUGCAGACCAAGGGGAACUUCCUGGCGACAAAUGACCAGGAGCUGGACUGCGACGUCCUGCAGCUGGAGUACGUGGGCGGCAUCAGCAUGCUAAUCGUGGUCCCGCACAAGCUGUCGGGAAUGAAGGCCCUCGAGACACAGCUGACGCCCCAGGUGGUGGAGAGAUGGCAAAAAAGCAUGACCAACAGAACUCGAGAGGUGCUCUUGCCCAAAUUCAAGCUGGAGAAGAACUACAACCUGGUGGAGGCCCUGCAGUCCAUGGGGAUCACGGCACUGUUUAAUAAAAGCAGCGACAUGACAGGAAUCUCAGACCAGAGGAUCGCCAUCGAUCUGUUUAAGCACCAAGGUACCAUCACAGUGAACGAGGAGGGCACCCAAGCUGCUGCUGUUACAACGGUGGGGUUCAUGCCUCUGACAACCCAAGUCCGUUUCAAUGUUGACCGCCCCUUCCUGUUCCUCGUCUAUGAGCACCGCACCAGCUGCCUGCUCUUCAUGGGGAAAGUUGCCAACCCCACCAAGUCUUAAAGAUAGAGAUCUGGGUGUCUCAAGUUUUGGGGGCACUCUGUAGUUCUGCUUUCAUUGUAACAAUGAAAACAGAGAUGUUUAGCAUCAUGACUUUGUGGUUUAUACUACCAUUCUGAAACUGAGAAACAUAUGAGAGAAGAAAUUCACCAACAAUGAGAACCCUGCUGGAAUUAAUUCUGCAUAGUGAACAAUGCUGUCAGUUCAGAGAAGUUCAUGUACCUGUGGCAUGUCAGCUUUUACCUAGAGGGUGUCAGCAACAUACAGAGCAGCUUACCUCCCGCCUCCUCAGAGCCUCCCUGGCACUUCCUUCCCUUGUAGUCCCCAUCCUUGCACAUCUGGCUCUAUUACUCAAAGCCUUUCUCAACCAGGGAUCCUCAUCUAAACACAGAACACAGAAAAGAGCGGCAUGACUAAUUUCUCACCUUUCUCAAGGAAGGUGCACAGGUGGCACCAUCCCCGAUGCCAGGAGAGAAGCCACCUCGUGUUCAAGGGGUGCCCUUGGCAUUAGGGCUUAAUUCUAGUAAAGGCCCAACCUUCCAAACGGAAGCUGUCAUCUGUACUCCUGCUGUCACCUCACUGCUGCCCAGAGGACAGUAUGUACACAUGGCCUUGCCUUCUACCCUAGAGAUAAAUAUCACCACUUUCACUGU